UGCGCCGCCAGUCCCGACGGACAGCUGAUAGCCAGCCUGUCUUCCCCCGAGAUCCUGAUCCGGUCCACGGCUACGUUGGAAAUCAUUCACGCCAUCAAACUACCGUCUGAGCUGGCCGCCGCCACUAUCCAGACAUUCCUGUGGUCGCCGUCGUCGACGCGCAUCCUGCUGUCGACGCCGGACCAGAUCCAGGUCUUCCCGGCGUUAGAGACGCUCCGCUCCCGAGCUGCAAUCCGCAAUGCGGUGCCUAAGCACUCACACAUACAAUUUGGCCGCUCGGACUCUGAGAUUCUCGUCUUCUCUGCCUUUGGACUCAAGCUCCUGAUCAUCGACCUGUCGUCCUCGCGGGCCGUCGAGGUCGCCAGCCCGAAAUUCUAUCAGCGUACCUCGGUGCCGCGCACUGUCUCCUUUCGGCCGAACUCGGGACACAUGGCGCUCCUCACGCGCGUCGCGGGGAGGGACCUCGUCAGUAUCCACUCUCCGGCGGGCAGACAGCUCCAGCGGUCUUGGGCUCCCGAGACGGUCGACGCCCAGGCGCUGGCUUGGUCUCCAGAUGGUCAGGUCCUUCUCGUCUGGGAAUCGCCCGCUCAUGGGUGGCACCUGCUCCUGUACACCCCUGACGGGCAGCUCAUUCGCAAGCUCGAAGGGCCAGACGGCAAAGCGGACGACGACUCAGCCUUAAAGCCAGGAAUCAGGGCCUGCCAGCCUAGUCCCAGUGCCCAGUGCUACGCUGUAUCAGACUACUCGCGGUCCGUGUCCAUUCUCGACUCCAUGUCCUGGAGACAGACGCUGCGUCUGGUUCAUCCCAUCACCAUUUGCCCCAGUGACACACUGCAAGUCUGGCAAGAACAGCUUAGCUCGACUGGUAUAAGCCAAUUCCACCACGCAACACAAGAGAUAUCCCCAGCCACCAGCAUGACAUCUACGGGCUGCUCAACCAUGGCCUUUGACGCCUCGUCCAAUCUCCUCGCCACAAAGCUCGACGACUCCCCCACCACCCUAUGGAUAUGGGACCUGUCGGCCGGUGAGCUCCGUGCCGUCCUGCUCUUCUACCACCCCCUCGAAUUCACCUGGCACCCUUUUAUCCAGGAGCUUCUCCUCGUU